GAAAGCUAGCACCUGUUGCCGUAGUCACCGAGGACGCCAUUUCUUGUGGUUGUUUUGAAAAAUGCCUCCAAAGAAGAAAGGUGGGAAGAAAGGAAAGAAAGGAAAGGGUGGCAAAGAUGACGAUGGCGAUGAACCGAAACAAAAGCCAGCAACCCCCGAACCUACAGAAAAAGAACUUAUUCUCCAGCAAGAAUUGGUAAAGGUGACAUCCGAUUUGGAGAAUGCAAGGAAAAAGGUCGAAGAUUUACGGAAGGAGAAUGAUUGGUUACAACAGGAGGCAAACAGAGUCCGCAAUGAGAGUCACGAAUACAUGAGUUAUAUGGAGAAGAAAACCAGUAAGAGACAGACGACCAUCAUCACACUGAGCGAUCACAACAAACAACAAAUCCGCAAUAUCCUCCUAGAAAAGGAAAUUAUGGAAAAGGAAUUUGAUGAAAGGAAACAGGCUCUUGAAAUCUUGCUACUGGAAAAGCAUAAUUCUUUAAAAAAGACAAAAGAUGAAUUGGCAGACCUCACACCAUUAAAGACCUUACAAACAGAACAACUCAACAAGAUCAAGGAGCUUGAGAAGGAGGUGAUGCAGAUGAGGACGAAACACUCGGAAACUAUCCAGUCACUCAAGUCCACUUUCCUUAGAGACAAACGGGAAUUCCAAAGUGACUCAGAAAAUAGAAUUGCCACCUUACAGAAAAAGGCAAAUAAGGAGGCCAUACAGUGUCUCACAGAACAUACAAAUGCAAUCAAACUGGAAAACCGCAAUUUACGACGUGAAUUAUUAGAAUUAAUCAAGACGACCCGGGCUUAUCAGGAGCACAAACGUGAGCUAGAGGAGCAGAGGAAACAACUAUUACGUGAACAGCAGUAUGCUGAGGACUUGAAAAAGCUGAGAAACACACGUCAGCAUAAAGUUCUCAAAACUUUUGGAUUAGUAACGGAGGGUGAACCUGAGGAGGAACAUGAAAAGCCUGCAUUGGAAACAUCAGUGGAAACUGGCUGAACGCAGUGGUCAAAUCAAUUAAGUGCGUUAUUCUUGACUGGCUCCAUCCAACAUUCAAAUGAAUUUGACAGUGGUUCCUUGUUAAUUUGGUUCGGCUCAAGUCCACCAGCUAUUCAACAUUUCAAUGAAGCACUUCUGAGUUAAUACAUGUAUUUGGAUAUAUGUUACUCCACAUGAUUGUGUAGGCAUUGAUAUUUCUUCACUUUGUGUGUCUAGACAGUGGAUUCUGUAUGUGUCUAGACAGUGGAUUCAAUGUGUCUAGACAGUGGAUUCUGUAUGUGUCUAGACAGUGGAUUCAAUGUGUCUAGACAGUGGAUUCUGUAUGUGUCUAGACAGUGGAUUCAAUAUGUCUAGGCAAUGGAUUUCUAUAUGUAUCUAGACAGUGGAAUUCUGUAUGUGUCUAGACAGUGGAAUUCUGUAUGUAUCUAGACAGUGGAUUUCUGUAUGUGUCUAGACACUGGAUUUCUGUAUGUGUCUAGACAGUGGAUUUCUAUAUGUAUCUAGACAGUGGAUUUCUGUAUGUGUCUAGACAGUGGAUUUCUAUAUGUAUCUAGACAGUGGAUUUCUAUAUGUAUCUAGACAGUGGAAUUCUGUAUGUGUCUAGACAGUGGAAUUCUGUAUGUAUCUAGACAGUGGAUUUCUGUAUGUGUCUAGACAGUGGAUUUCUGUAUGUAUCUAGACUGGAUUUCUGUAUGUGUCUAGACAGUGGAUUUCUAUAUGUAUCUAGACAGUGGAUUUCUGUAUUUGUCUAGACAGUGGAUUUCUAUAUGUAUCUAGACAGUGGAUUUCUGUAUGUAUCUAGACAGUGGAUUUCUAUAUGUAUCUAGACAGUGGAUUUCUGUAUGUGUCUAGACAGUGGAUUUCUGUAUGUGUCUAGACAGUGGAUUUCUGUAUGUGUCUAGACAGUGGAUUUCUGUAUGUAUCUAGACUGGAUUUCUGUAUGCAUCUAGACAGUGGAUUUCUAUAUGUAUCUAGACAGUGGAUUUCUAUAUGUAUCUAGACAUUAAGACUUCUAUGUGUCUAGAAGUGAAAUUAUGUAUGUGUCUAAACAGUGGAUAUCUGUAUGUAUCUAGACGGUGGAUUUAUAUAUGUGUCGUGACAUUAAUACUUCUAUGUGUCUAGACAGUGGAUAUCUGUAUGUGUCUAGACAGCGGAUUUCUAUACCUGUCUUGACAUUGAGACUUCUAUGUGUCUAGAAAUAAAAUUCUGUAUGUGUCUAGACAGUAGAUUUCUGUAUGUAUCUAGACAGUGGAUAUCUUUAUGUGUCUAGAUAUUGAGACUUCUAUGUGUCUAGGAAGCGAAAUUCUGUAUGUGUCUAAACUGUGGAUAUCUGUAUGUAUUUAGACAGUGGAUUUCUGUAUGUAUCUAGACAGUGGAUAUCUGUAUGUAUCUAGACAGUGGAUUUCUGUAUGUAUCUAGACAAUGGAUUUCUAUAUGUGUCUUGACAUUGAGACUUCUGUGUUUCUAGGAAGUGAAAUUCCGUAUGUGUCUAGAUGUCCAGUGAAAUUCUGUAUUUGUCUAGACAGUGAAAUUCUGUAUUUGUCUAGACAGUAAAAUUCUGUGUGUGUCUAGACAGUGAAAUUCUGUGUGUGUCUAGGCUGUGAGAUUCCUGUGUCUAGACAAUGAGAUUCCCGUGUCUAGACAGUGAGAUUCCUGUGUCUAGACAGUGAGAUUCCUGUGUCUAGACAGUGAGAUUCCUGUGUCUAGGCAGUGAGAUUCCUGUGUCUAGACAGUGAGAUUCCUGUGUCUAGACAGUGAGAUUCCUGUGUCUAGGCAGUAGAUUUCUGUGUCUAGACAGUGAGAUUCCUGUGUCUAGGCAGUGAGAUUCCUGUGUCUAGACAGUGAGAUUCCUGUGUCUAGGCAGUGAGAUUCCUGUGUCUAGACAGUGAGAUUCCUGUGUCUAGACAGUGUGAUUCCCGUGUCUAGGCAGUGAGAUUCCUGUGUCUAGACAGUGAGAUUCCUGUGUCUAGACAAUGAGAUUCCUGUGUCUAGACAAUGAGAUUCCUGUGUCUAGACAGUGAGAUUCCUGUGUCUAGACAGUGAGAUUCCCGUGUCUAGACAGUGAGAUUCCUGUGUCUAGGCAGUGAGAUUCCUGUGUAUAGACAGUGAGAUUCCUGUCUCUAGGCAGUGGAUUUCUGUAUGCAUCUUGGCACUAUGAUUUCAGCAGAUGUCUAGUCUAGUGAGACUUCAGGCCUGUUUAUUCCCAGAUCAAUGACAUUCCACUGUCCAUAAGCUAUAUUCCACAUACUGAUCAUUCAUUUGUGCGACAUUAAAGAUAGAUUCAUCCAAAUGUUACAUUGCGCUUUGCAAUAUUCAAUUAAGGUAUUGGAAGCUGUGUGAAAAAUCGAAAACAUAAUUCAUAAUUAUUGAAUAAUUGUUCUAUAUUAAUGUAAUUAUUGUUAAUUUCAUGCAAUAUAAUGGCUAUGUGCAGCAUGUCAUCUAUAUGUUUUGAUUCAUGUCCGAGGAUACCUGCAUAUCAACACUGAUAGGUAGUAAUGUAUUGCAGUAGGUUGGACGACUGCUAAGCUGUAUAUAACCAGGAUACCCUAUACAAUGUUUGUCACCAUUACAGACUACAAUGAAGUACCAAAGUCAUAAGGAAAGAAUAUACUUAUAUAGUAUUUGAAAGCUACCUAAUGCUGAAAAUGUUAAAAACAUAUAGAUGUACUAUACCUGUACUAUGUCAAAAAUAAAGAAAUCAAUAUA